UCAAGGUUCCAGUCUACUGAGAGCCAAAAAGGAGGGACCACGAAAGCAGACCAGAAGAAUCGAAGGCAACGCACACCAUCUUCAAGCAUCAACCUCUCUUUCAGCUGAAUCCGCUUUCGGAAACCUUGGUUUCAGACGAAUCACAAACUCGACAGUCCCUGCCCUACUCUGCCUGCACCGGCUUGCAGGACAAGAUCUCCGUCUUCCUCGAGGUUUUAGGGUUUUUGUUCUCCAACUCAACGAUGCACAAACUGGGGAGAGGACACCGUGAUAAACUCCAGCAGUUCAUGACCAUAACUGGAGCUAGUGAGAAAGUGGCUCUUCAGGCGUUGAAGGCUAGUGACUGGCAUCUUGAAGGAGCAUUUGAUGUGUUUUACAGCCAGCCGCAGCUUAAAACAGUAGCUGAUUCCAGACACUUGGAGAAGCUUUACAAUAGAUAUAAAGAUCCAUAUGUUGACAUGAUAUUGGCUGAUGGUAUCACUCUUCUUUGCAAUGAUCUCCAGGUGGAUCCUCAAGAUAUAGUGAUGUUAGUUCUUUCAUGGCACAUGAAGGCUGGCACCAUGUGUGAAUUCUCCAAGCAGGAAUUUAUUGGUGGUUUACAAUCUUUGGGGGUAGAUUCCAUAGAGAAGUUUCGUGAAAGAAUACCAUAUAUGCGCUCUGAGCUUAAGGAUGAACAGAAAUUCCGUGAGAUAUAUAACUUCGCUUUUGGCUGGGCAAAAGAGAAGGGUCAGAAGUCUCUGGCUUUGGAUACAGCUAUUGGAAUGUGGCAACUACUAUUUGCGGAAAAGCAGUGGCCACUGGUUGAUCACUGGUGCCACUUCUUACAGGCCCGGCAUAACAAAGCAAUCUCUAGGGACACGUGGGCUCAACUAUUGGAGUUUGCUAAGACUGUCGACCUAAACUUAUCUAAUUAUGAUGCUGAAGGUGCCUGGCCAUAUCUUAUUGAUGAUUUUGUUGAAUAUUUGCACGAAAACGGCAUCAUCCAAAAGGGUGAGGGUGCUGAUAGUAGCCUAAAACUAUGAUGCAUUUUCUGAGGUGUCCAUUGAAGAGUAUAUGAAUAUGCUCUGGCUUCUGGGUGUGAUAUGAUUUGUAAAAUUGUGGUUGAACAUCUCUUUGCCGUUAAGGAGAAUUUAUUCAGUCAAUCCAAAAGGGAAAAGGGGUUGUGGCAUCUAGCUUGGACUCGUUAUUGCUGACACUUAGUAAUAACAUCAUUUUCUUCAGAUUGACGGUAUAAUUUUGUGAAUUUUCUGGGAAAAUGUGUUAUCAAGCCAUGUAACCCAACUGGUUUUCUGGAUUUCUUUUUAUAUUUUUUAUUUUAAUUGAUAUUUCUAGGUUGAUGUCUUAUUCUGUCCCAAAAAAAAAAUUGUGGCGUCAGUGACUGUUUGAAGUAUUCAUGAGAAUGAAUAGAGGGAGAUUUGUCUGAAAA